AUGAUGUUGCCUUCUGGUGAUUGGUCGACUGGUAGCUAUAUAUUUUGCCGCUGUCCUCACGGUCUCCCUCCUAACUUAGCCUUCGCCGUGUCGUGUCCUAAAAUGAGUGAAUUCCAAGAGCGCACCUUUAUUAUGGUCAAGCCUGAUGGUGUCCAGCGUGGACUCGUUGGCGAAAUUAUCAAACGUUUUGAGCGACGGGGUUUCAAGUUGGUGGCUCUGAAGUUCAUGCAUGCAAACGAAGACCUUCUCAACGAACACUACGCUGCACUUGCAGGAAAGCCUUUCUUCAAACACCUAAUUGAGUACAUGUCAUCUGGACCUGUUGUACCAAUGGUUUUUGAAGGCUACCAGGCCGUGAAGUUGGGCCGUAUGAUCCUUGGUGAAACAGAUCCGGCGAAGAGUCUUCCCGGAACCAUCCGUGCCGACUUUGGUCAGUGCGUAGGAGCAAACAUUGUGCAUGGUUCUGACGCCGUUGAGACCGCUAACCGCGAGAUUGCCCUGUGGUUCAAAAAAGAGGAACUUGUUGACUACAAGUCAUGCGUGGCGCCUUAUGUCCACUCUAAGUAA